UUGACAGGAAACAUGUCGGUGUGGUGGGAGCGAACCGGGAUGCAGCUGCUGCCAAGGGAGACAGGGAGUACCUGCAUCCAGUCCACACAUCAGCACCUUUAAAACCACCAGACUUCCCCCUCAAUACGUCUUCUUCUAAACAGCUUCUCUUUUUUUUGGAAACAUCCAUUUCAAACGAAGGGGCACCCAAUGGAUGCUGUGGCAAACCGUGUCGUCCCGCUCGGUAUCUUCAUAUUGUGUUUGAUUUAGCCUACAACCAGAGACACCUUGAUGAAACAGCAGGAACUACGAGGACUGUUGUUGCAAUGGAGUCGACUCUCUCACGGCUCAAACCCCGUCUGUAAACCUACGAAAUCUCGUUUCAUGGCGUUCUGCAGGUUGCUCUGUUCCGUGGGCUUCUCCACAUUUCUUUACUGAAUUAUUUGUUGUUGUUUUUAUUUAUUUUUUUCAAAGUGCAAAGGGAAAAUAACGACCACUGCUCGCAAAACUAUGAACGAGGAGAUGACGAAAAGCGAGGAGCAGCAUCUUAGUUUGCAGAAAGCCUUGCAGCAGUGCGAGUUGGUGCAAAAUAUGAUUGACAUAAGCAUUUCUAGUUUGGAGGGUUUACGGACCAAAUGUGCCACAUCCAACGACUUGACACAAAAAGAGAUACGAACGCUGGAGGGGAAGUUGGUAAAGUACUUCAGCCGCCAGCUGUCCUGUAAGUGCAAAGUGGCCUUAGAGGAGCGCAGUGUCGAGCUGGAGGACUUCCCUCGCCUCGGCCACUGGUUCCGCAUCGUCAACUUGAGGAAGGAGGUCACAGAGGAGAUGAGCCCAGGUGAGGUAACCCUGGAGGGCCUGCUGGAGAUGAGCGAGGAGCAGGUGUGUGAGCUGCUGCAGAAGUUUGGUGCCAACGAAGAGGAGUGCGCCCGACUCAACGCCUCCCUCUCCUGCCUCAGAAAGGCCCACCAGCUCGGGAGCCAGGAGAAGCAGGACUGGUCCAUCCAGUGGCCCACCUCUGAAUCGGGCAAAGAAAACACUCCGGUGUGCCAGCCAGAGGUCAGUCAGUGGAUCCGGUUUCAGCUCUCCCAAAGCCCCAAAAUCCAGUCCAAGUACAACCAGCACAUGUGCCACAGCCCCCAGGCCCUGGCCCCCCCUUUAUAUGCCGAUCGACUGACCGUUGACAGCCCGGCCACAGGAUUCUUCCCUCCCUUGGACUAUGGUCAUCGCUCCCUGCCCCCAUCACCCCGCCAGAGGCAUUUUGGCCACACACCUCCUCGGACUCCCUUAGUGGUGAACACCAUGACGCCGCCUGGCACUCCCCCCAUGCGGCGUAGAAACAAAGUGAAGGCCCCGGGCACGCCACCUCCACCUAGCCGCAAGCUCAUCCAUCUGCUGCCAGGCUUCACCGCACUGCACCGCAGCAAAUCCCACGAGUUCCAGCUGGGGAACCGCUUGGAUGACACACAGACACCAAAAGCCAAGAAGAAGACCAAGCCCUUGAACCUUAAGAUCCACAGCAGCGUGGGCAGCUGUGAGAAUCUGCCCACGCAGCGCUCACCCCUCCACACCGAACGAUCUCUGCGAUCCUUCUUCUUUCCCUCCUUCAUCCCUUCCACACCUCCUGUCCAUGCUGAAACACCCUCUGCAAACACUCUCUCAGUGCCUCGCUGGUCCCCACAGAUUCCCAGAAGAGAUUUGGGAAACUCAAUAAAACACAGGUUUUCCACAAAGUAUUGGAUGUCCCAGACAUGCAUAGUAUGUGGAAAGGGAAUGUUGUUUGGACUGAAAUGUAAAAACUGCAAGCUGAAGUGCCACAACAAAUGCACCAAAGAAGCCCCACCUUGCCAUUUAUUGAUCAUACAGCGAGGCGGACGAGAAUCCCUCAAAGAUCACCAAGGAACAACUCAAGUAGCUCGUCUGGUACGGACCGAAUCGGUGCCAUGUGACAUCAACAACCCGCUCAGGUACACAGACCUGCACAUCAGUCAGACUCUCCCUAAAACCAACAAAAUCAACAAGGAUCACAUCCCAGUCCCAUACCAACCAGACUCCAGCAGUAAUCCCUCAUCCACCACCUCUUCCACCCCAUCCUCCCCUGCUCCUCCUCUGCCCAGCAGUGCCACUCCCCCAUCGCCCCUACAUCCCUCCCCACAGUCGGCGCGGCAACAGAAACAGUUCAACUUGACAGCAUCCAGCUAUUUCAAAUACAAACAACAGUUCAUCUUUCCUGAUGUUGCUCCAGAGGCUCCUCCAAGCAGAGCACCGCAGGUCAUCCUGCACCCUGUCCUGUCUGAACCAGGGAAUGAGAGCAACCCUUUACUUCAAAUCGAAGUUGAACCUACAUCGGAUAACGAGGAGGGCAACGACGAGGACUCCGGUGACGAGUUCGAGGAGAUGAACCUGUCGCUCCUGUCGGCUCGCAACUUCCCUCGCAAGGCCAGCCAGACCAGCAUCUUCCUGCAGGAGUGGGACAUCCCGAUUGAGCAGCUGGAGAUUGGAGAGAUGAUUGGCAAGGGGCGCUUUGGCAAAGUUUUCCACGGACGCUGGCACGGUGAGGUGGCCAUCCGUUUGAUCGACAUUGAGCGUGACAACGAGGACCAGCUCAAGGCCUUCAAGCGCGAGGUGAUGGCCUACCGCAACACUCGCCACGAGAAUGUGGUGCUCUUUAUGGGGGCCUGCAUGAGCCCACCACACCUGGCAAUCAUCACCAGCUUGUGUAAAGGCAGGACCCUUUAUUCCGUGGUGCGGGAUGCCAAGGUUGUCCUGGAUGUUAACAAGACCAGACAGAUCGCACAAGAGAUGGUCAAGGGGAUGGGCUACCUCCACGCUAAGGGGAUCUUACACAAAGACAUGAAGUCCAAGAACGUGUUUUAUGACAACGGCAAAAUCGUCAUCACCGACUUUGGACUCUUCACCAUAUCUGGGGUUUUGCAGGCUGGCAGCCGGAGAGAAGACAAACUAAGGAUCCCUAACGGUUGGCUGUGUCACCUGGCCCCAGAAAUAAUCCAGCAGCUCUCUCCGGACACAGAGGAGGACAAGCUUCCCUUCUCCAAACAGUCAGAUGUUUUUGCUUUUGGGACCAUCUGGUAUGAGUUACACGCACGUGAGUGGCCUUACAAGAGUCAGCCAGCAGAGGUGAUCAUAUGGCAGAUUGGCAGCGGGAUGAAGCCCAACCUCACCCAAACUGGCAUGGGGAAGGAGAUAUCAGACAUUCUGCUUCUGUGCUGGGCGUACAAGCAGGAAGAGCGGCCUAGCUUCUCCAUGCUGGUAGAUUUACUGGAAAAGUUGCCAAAACGGAAUCGUCGCCUUUCCCACCCAGGGCACUUCUGGAAGUCAGCUGAGUAUGUCAAAUGAGUUAGGGACACAAAACAGCAAACAAUCAGCAACUAUUAAAAAAACAACAGCCGCCAUAAUUCUACAUAAAUAACCCACCUCCUUAAAGAAUGCACUGAAUCCAAAAGCCAGCCCAGUGAUGAAAACUGCCCACGCUGUGUGUAUUUUCAUGGAAUGUUGGCAUGUGUGUGGAUAAGUUCAGCUUCUCAAAGCAGUCGGGACUCAUAUUUUCUUUGGUUUGUUUUAAACCAUACUGGAUAUUUUUCCUUUAUCUUUUUUGUCUUUUACU